UGUCUCCUGAUGGCCUGAGCAGGACCUCCGGAGACGCGAUGGCGCGCCAGGGUUCUUUCUUUCCAGCCACCGCCCUCCGCCCCCUCCUGAGGCCUGCAGAAACGCAGUUAGUCUGUACCUCCCAAUGCUUCCGCGCCAACUGCCCCCCGGAACCGAGGCAGGAGUAGUCUAAGCCCCUUUAUUUCCCGCAGCUUUCUCACCCCGCCUCUCAGAUUGCUCAAGAAUCCCCCCGCAGGCUCGCUGCCCAGGCGAGCCCCAUCGUUCCACCACUAACCACCCCUCCAAGAUUCACGCAGAUACGCUCACCCGUGAUCUUAUCACCCGUGAUCAUACUAGGCCUUGGAGACCAUCUGGCCUGUGGCUCUUCAGCUGCCACUGUGACCGACCCCGAGCUUCCCCUCAAGCCAGUGGCUGCUGUCUCCACUUGCAACUUCCUCCCCCCCCACCCCUCCCCAGUCUUGGCACUUCUUCUCAACACCAGCGUUACCCUCAGCAAGAAUAAACGGGCCCCUGCUUCUUGUCUGGUUUGGCUAAAAGUUUGUUAGUUUGUAUGCCAUGGACAUGCAAUGUUAUCUUGGAAAGGUGUCAGCCCAAUUCUUAUCUUUCUGGGCAUUGGAUAUUCUGUCUCUGGGAUUUGAUAACCCUGUCUGCCUUGGUACCUGUACUGACCUCCUCAAAAGUAGGCUCUUAGGCCUACCUCUUUUUCAGCCACCUUGGUUCUGGGGAGCAGUACCACCUCCAGGCUCUCGCUUAGAGGCUAGGCUUAGAACUGUUGCUUUUUCUCUGUCCACGCUGCAGGUGACACCCAGGGCAGCCUCACUCAGAAGCCACAAGGAAUGCUAGUGGAGUCCCUCAUCCCUCCUCCCAGCUUCUCUUCCAAGCUGCCCCAUGGGCCUUGAUCCAGAAAGCCACUUCAGAAAGGUCCCUUGGGAGAAACUCCUCGAGGUGCCCAGGCUGAGACAGGGGGGUAAUGACAGUGUGAGCUCUAGAUGGUGUGAGACCACCCCAGGGUCAGAAAAUGGCUACAGCCUUGGAACCAGAGGACCAGGAUCUUUGGGAAGAAGAGGGAAUUCUUAUGGUGAAAUUGGAAGAUGAUUUCACCUGUAGGCCAGAGUCUGUCUUACAGAGGGAUGACCCUGUGCUUGAGACCUCGCACCAGAACUUCCGACGCUUUCGCUACCAAGAAGCAGCAAGCCCUCGAGAAGCUCUCAUUCGACUCCGAGAACUUUGUCAUCAGUGGCUGAGGCCAGAGAGGCGGACAAAGGAGCAGAUCCUAGAGCUGCUUGUGCUGGAACAAUUCCUUACCGUCCUGCCUGGAGAACUGCAGAGCUGGGUGCGGGGCCAACGACCAGAGAGUGGCGAGGAGGCAGUGACGCUGGUGGAGGGUUUGCAGAAACAACCCAGGAGACCAAGGCGGUGGGUGACUGUCCAUGUUCACGGCCAGGAAGUCUUGUCAGAGGAGACAGUGCAUCCAGGAGUAGAGCCUGAGUCACCUAGUGAGCUGCAGGAUCCUGUGCAGACCUCGACCCCUGACGAGUCCCAUGAGGAGACUACACAGAGCCCAGAUCUGGGGGCACCGGAAGAGCAGAGCCCAUGCCAUGAAUUGGAGUUCCAGCCCCUGCAGGAGAGCGACGUUCCAGUGCCCCAGGACCCAGACCUUCCUGAAGAGAGGGACACUGGAAACCCAGAGAUGGUUGCCCUUCUUACUGCUCUGUCACAGGGGUUGGUAACUUUCAAGGAUGUGGCUGUAUGCUUCUCUCAGGACCAGUGGAGUGAUCUGGAUCCAACACAGAAAGAGUUCUAUGGAGAAUAUGUCUUAGAAGAAGACUGUGGAAUUGUGGUCUCCUUGUCAUUUCCAAUCCCCAGACUAGAUGAGAUCUCCCACGUUAGAGAGGAAGAGCCUUUGGUCUCAGACAUCCCAGAGCCUCAAGAGCCUCAAGAACCAGAAAUCCUGAGUUUCACCUACACAGGAGAUAGGAGUGAAGAUGAGGAAGAGUACCUUGAGCAAGAAGAUCUGAGUUUUGAGGACCUACACACAUCUAUUUUGGGAGAUCCAGAAAUUCACCAGACCCCAGAUUGGGAAAUAGUCUUUGAGGAUGAUCCAGGUAGACUUAAUGAAAGAAGAUUUGGUACAAAUAUUUCUCAAGUUAAUAGUUUAACGAAUCUUCGGGAAGCCAUGCCUAUCCACCCCCUGUUAGGGAGACAUCAUGACUGUCCUGUAUGUGGAAAAAGUUUCACUUGUAACUCCCACCUUGUUAGACACCUGAGAACUCACACAGGAGAGAAACCCUAUAAAUGUAUGGAGUGUGGGAAAAGUUACACACGGAGCUCACAUCUUGCCAGGCACCAAAAGGUUCACAAAAUGGGCACUCCUUAUAAAUUUCCCCUAAACCGGAAGAAUUUGGAUGAGACCUCCCCUCGGGUCCAGGCUGAGAGAACUCCACCUGUUGAGAAACCCUAUAGAUGUGACGAUUGUGGAAAACACUUCCGCUGGACUUCAGACCUUGUCAGGCAUCAGAGGACACAUACAGGAGAAAAACCCUUCUUCUGUACUAUUUGUGGCAAAAGCUUUAGCCAGAAAUCUGUGCUAACAACACACCAAAGAAUCCACCUUGGAGGCAAACCCUACUUGUGUGGAGAGUGUGGAGAGGACUUCAGUGACCACAGGCGGUAUCUGGCACACCGGAAGACACACGCAGCUGAGGAGCUCUAUCUCUGUAGCGAGUGUGGGCGGUGCUUCAACCAUAGUGCCGCCUUUGCCAAGCACCUAAGAGGACAUGCCUCAGUGAGGCCCUGCCGAUGCAAUGAGUGUGGGAAAAGCUUCAGUCGGAGGGACCACCUCGUCAGGCAUCAAAGAACACACACUGGUGAGAAACCGUUCACGUGCCCUACCUGCGGAAAAAGCUUCAGCAGAGGCUAUCACUUAAUCAGGCAUCAGAGGACCCACUCAGAAAAGACCUCCUAGCUAGGUCCCCAUGAGGGGAGAUCUGCAUUCAGCCCUUACCCAAGGGUAGGCCGAGAGAGGCCCUCUUGCCAGCCUGGGAAGACCUUUUCUAGGAGUCUCCCUGACUUGCCCCAAUCUACAUAACCUCUUCCCACAACUAAAUAAAACCCCCGGGUAGAACCUCUCAAUCUUCUACUACACCUUUAGGGGAUUUUUUGCCCAAAGUACAAUCUGAAUUGAGGCUUCUCCUUAAUGGGAGUGCUCCUGCCUCUACCUCAUGGGUAUGAAGUAGGAGAAUUAGAAGACUUAAGAGGUUGUGGUUUUUAUAUGUUCCCCAAAAUAGGCUGUUACAUAUCCUCAAGACUCCUUAACAGCCAAGUUUAAAGUGGCCCGGGACAAACCCUUAGGUUUGGUAAGGGACCAGCCUUUAGGAUUUUGUCCUUACCGGGCUCAAAUCUUAAAGCACACAGCCCUGAACUCAAGGCAGGAGAUUUGCAUCCUGAUGGCUUUGCCACACAUUCACAGGAUAAGUGUACAAAUCUCUCACUGAUUCACUUCUUCACCGUGCACUUUCCUUUGAUACUGGGGAGAGAUGGGAGAAGUGUUUGAUGGGUGGAAACCUCAAGGCUGCUUCACAUGGACCUUGUCAGGCUGCUCCCUUCCCCAGUCUCAACAUGAUACCAGGUGCCAGACACAGCUAGAAAGGAGGACCUAGUCAGAAGCCUGUUUCCUUGUGGGUUUUUUCCUGUUAGAACACUCGUGCCUCCCCUUCCUACUGUCCUACCAGUCUCUUGGUUUUGUCCCUAGCACUUCUGCUGUAAGUGAGGUGUAACAUUUGGGUGCUGAGGGAUUCAGUAAAGCAUAAUGAAAUCAUUUACAUUCUCACAUAUGUACAAGUCCACCUACCGCACCCUGUUCACAUGGGUUUGUAAGGGGAUUUUGGAACACUGUCGGCUUACAAAGGCACUAUACUAAUUAUAGAAUCAUGAUUGACUGGGUCACUUCAUUUACAUGAAGAAAACUGGAGAAGAUCUGAGAUCAAGUUAUGGAAAAAUUAAGAAAAACCUGUUGCUGCUGGCUAAGGCCAUCAAGACUAUUCUCCUGACACCCAACCCCCAUCAUCCCUGCUUUGGUUCUCUGAUAUCAGGGAAAAUUAUGAACCCCAGUACCUGGGACCCUGAAGAAUUUACCAGGAGUAAAUGGCUUUCAUGUAUUUGCGUUGUUUGCUUUUUCUUAUGUGAUUUCAUUUUCGUAUACUUAAGAACUAAAUAGUAGUAUCUUAUGACCCAAGGA